AUGCUUCUUUUUCCUCCGACGAUCUACGAGAUCAUGUCGGCCACGCAAGUAACGGUGCCGGAGAGCGAGAAGGCUGUGGGAGGCCACCUCCGGGAGGUCGGCCUGACAUUCCACUUCUUCAACCAGCUGCCCAUGAUCAUCGCCGACAACAUCGGGAACAGCCUCGCGGACGCAUUCAAGCCCUUGGGCAUCACCGACUGGAACGAGGUGUUCUGGGUGGCGCACCCGGGAAAUUGGGCCAUCAUGGACGACGCCAUCGAGUCCAAGCUGGGGCUCCUGCCGGAGAAGCUCAGCACAGCACGGCAUGUAUUCGCCGAGUACGGCAACAUGCAGAGCGCCACCGUGUAUAUCGUGAUGGAUGAGGUGAGGAAGCGGUCGGUGGUGGAGGGGCGGGCGACCACCGGGGAUGGACUGCAGUGGGGGGGUGCUCUUUGGGUUUGGACCGGGGCUCAGCAUCGAGACUGUCGUGCUCCGCAGCUUACCACUCUAGUAGCAGUGGUAAUAUUGCUUGUUCGGUAUGGUUGUGCAGCAAUGCUUGUGUUGCCUCUUCCGUGCGAGUAA